UCUUAUGGAAAAUUUUGCACUCCGAUCUGUCUCCACUAUCUCUUCCUUUUCGAUCCAUUAUUCCAUUUAAUGCAUUUUCUUUCAAGUUUAUUUCGAUCGAUUUCGCUUUUUCAAUCAAUUUUGAAUCUGUUCUUUAAUCCGAAGCUGUGUCGACCAAAUCCAAUGCCAACCAGUGCCUCUGAAUCGCCGGAUAAUCAGCUGUCGCCGCCGAACCCACCUCCCAAACAAGGCGCUAAGCCAAUCCCAUUUCUGAUUUCGGUUGCUAUUGGCAUCAUUGUUCGUUUCGCCGUCCCAAAACCGGCGGGGGUUUCAACAAAAGCGUGGCAGUUGCUCGCCAUUUUCUUGUCGACGAUUACUGGCCUUGUUUUGAAUCCUUUGCCGGUGGGUGCUUGGGCGAUUCUUGGCUUAACUGUGACUGUUGUUACUAAAACUUUGACGUUUUCUGCUGCUUUUAAUGCCUUUACUAGUGAGGUUAUUUGGUUGAUUGUGAUUUCCUUCUUUUUCGCUCGUGGGUUUGUCAAAACUGGAUUGGGGGAUCGAAUCGCGACAUAUUUUGUUAAAUGGAUGGGCAAGAGCACGCUUGGUUUGUCUUAUGGGUUAACGAUUAGUGAGGCUUUGAUAGCUCCUGCUAUGCCGAGCACCACCGCCAGGGCUGGCGGUGUGUUCUUGCCCAUCAUUAAAUCCUUGUCGCUCGCUGCUGAUAGCAAGCCGAACGACCCUUCUUCUAAAAAGAUUGGCGCGUAUCUUGUUCAGUCUCAGUUUCAGAGUGCUGGUAACUCUAGUGCCCUGUAUCAAGUUUAUGCAAAACUGUGCCUCACACUAUUGANUAGGAAUGACCUAGUUCAAGCAAACUAA